UGGCUUAUCGCGUUUCACGGCACAUUGCGUGAGAUGAGUCGAUGUCCACCCCGUCGUCAUCCGUCUCGUAGGUUAUGUCGCGCUGAGUCCGAUAGCGCGCAUUAAAAUCGCAUUAAAAUUCGCACGUGGAACCGCGCGUGUAUCAGUCUCUGCCCGCGACUGCACGAGCGAAAAGCCGAACCGGUUAUAAAAGUCACGCUCCGUCCUCCAUUAGGAAUCGCGUGCAUACCCUGCUGCGCAACGGGUGCCGCUUAUCGCUAAUAGCAACGCCGGACAGAGAAUUCUUGCCUUUGUUUCCCACGGCGGGCGUGAUCGUGACGUGAGGAGGAGAGAAGAAAGAGAGAAAAACCGCGUCCAAAUUGACGCGCAAAGUAAACGCGACGCGAAAGAAGAGAGACGCAACUACGAGAUGUCGGCAUCUCCCAUCGCCAGACAGGCAACCCAGAGCCAGAGCAUACCAUCCAAGCGGAUCGUCAUUCACGAUCCCAACCAGCUACCGGCCGACUACUCGUCCACACCCGGGGGCACGCUCUACUCCACCACGCCGGGAGGUACUCGCAUCGUAUACGAACGUGCGUUCCUGAUGAAUUUGCGGAAUUCUCCAAUAUCGCGAACGCCACCGCGAAACCCGCUGACCAUACCGUCGGAAUUACUGAAGGGUAACACACCGGCCAUCACGAAGGAUCCCGUCAAAAAUAAUAAUAAAGACUCCCUGGUGAUCGAGGAAUCCGCAGAGCAGUUCGAGAUGGAUAUGUGAGGCAAAUGCAAUGUACCGCCGUUCGUGACGACUGAAAUGUGUUCACAGCCACGCUCGAAAGUAUUGUUGAUCAAGUCUUAUGACAAUCGCACGGAGUAUAUGGCUGACACGCCUUAAUUCUGUGCCUUUUUACCAGUGGUCUUAUUAAGAAUUAUGAAUCUUUGAAAGAUUAUAUCCUUGACGAAAGGCCAUAUCUUAUUCAUAUGUAUUGUAUACAAAUCAUUUAAUUCUCGACGCUAGUUCUUUUGACCAAUGUAAUACGUAUAUUUGCAUAUAAAGAACGGCCGUGGAUGUGAAGGUGCUUGUGUCUAUGCGACAUUAGCGAUCUCUUAUAUUUUACAUGUCUUCCUUUUUGAAGUGGCCAAAUGCGAUGUUUUGUAACGUAUUUCGUAAGGAACUUGUAUUUGUGAAUAAAUGAUACAUACGUUUUAUACAUAUAAA